CGCUCGGAGGUGCCGCUCGGCUCCCGGCACCUGGAAGGAAGGGAGGGGAGGAAGGCACGGAGCGGAGUUUGCGGCGGUCCCCGAGAAGGCGGCGAGCGGCGGCAGCGGUGAAGCAGCGGCGGGAGCCGCCUCCCCCCCGGUCCGGUACCGCCGCCCGGAGCUCCCUAUGGGCGAAGGGGGGGAUCGAGGAAGCGGCUUCUAAAGGGGGACACCCCCUCCCUUUCCCCCGACUGACGUUCUCCCCCGCUUAAAAAGAAGGGAGGGAAAAAAAAAGAAAAAAAAGAAAAAAAAAAAACAACACCAAAAAACCACCAGAAACCCACCCAAAGCCGCACUAAAUUUGAGGGAACAGCGAAGGCAGGCGGCAUCGGCUGGAAAAUGCGUCUCACUCGGAGCUGCAUCGGCUUCCUGAUCCAGGGGAGCAUUUCUCUGCUGGUGGUCUGCGGCCAAGAAGGGCCAGGGAAAGGCGCUGAGCAGCGUGAGCCUGAGAGCCAGGAGGGAGACCAAGCGCAGGAGACCGGAGAGCUGCUCCCCACCAAACCCCUGCUCACCCCAGCCUUGCUGCAGAAUGUGACCCUCCUGGAGCUGGUGAGCAGCUCGCGGGAGCUGUGGGAUAUCCUGGACAACCUCUCGGAGCGGGAUCACGCUCCACAUCCCCGAGGACAGAGGGACUUGGAGUCGGCCUCGGGCAAACUGAAAAAAAUUUUUGGUUGGGGAGAUUUCUAUUCCAACAUCAAGACGGUGAAGUUGAACCUCUUGAUCACCGGCAAGGUGGUGGAUCACGGCAACGGCACCGUCAAUGUCUUCUUCCGCCACAACUCCACCGGGCAGGGGAACAUCUCGGUCAGCCUCGUCCCUCCCACCAAGGCUGUUGAGUUCGACCUGGAGCAGCAGAUCUUCAUCGAGGCCAAAGAAUCCAAAAUCUUCAACUGCCGCGUGGAAUACGAGAAAGUGGACCGUGCCAAGAAAACCACGCUGUGCACGUACGACCCAUCCAAGACCUGCUACCACGAGCACACCCAGAGCCACGUCUCCUGGGUCUGCUCCAAGCCCUUCAAAGUCAUCUGCAUCUACAUCACCUUCUACAGCAUAGACUACCGGCUGGUGCAGAAGGUUUGCCCCGACUACAACUACCACAGCGACGUGCCCUACUUCCCCUCGGGGUGAUGCGUGCUCAGGAUGUCCCGGUGAUAAGCGGGUGCUGGGGGGGGCGGGGGGAGGGAUGGGGAUGGUUUUUAAGCAGGGU